CCUACAAGAAUGUAGCUGCAGCUACUCCUGUAGCUGAACAGUCGUGGAUGGCAUCGACUGUGGGUAAUGUUGGCUCCCUGCCCACUAUUUCCAUACUGACAAUAAAAUCUAGUAGUUACAGUGUGUCAGGUACUCUUCUUAGCCCUUUACACAAAAAAGUUCUUUUAAACCUCACAACUACCUUUGUUUUUUUUUCCUUCAAAACCACCUUUGAAGUAUCAUUAUUACACUCAUUUUGCAGAUGAGGACACAGGCACAGAGACGUUAAGUAAUUUGCCUCAAAUUAUACAGCUAGUGAAUGGUAGAGCGCUAAAGUUUGUGCUCUUAGAGCUGUGCUGUACCACAUGAUAGGAAGUCAGCUAUGAAAGGAAAGGGUGAGGUGACCCCUUUGCCUCUAGAGCUGGGGUCAGCAAGCUGGCUGUGUUUGUACCAGGUUGCUAACAGUGGUUUUUAGCUGUGUAUGGAAGGAGAUUUCCUGCUGGUCCAGAGCAGCAACUUUCACAGGGCAGCCAGCAUCUGGCCCAGGCUGUGUCUUUCCUUCUUAUUCUAAUGAUUGUUUCUGCCUUUCAGGAACCAAAACUACCUCAAAACAAAACAAAAAUCGGUAAGAUGGCACUGAUCGUGAGGCAGGAGAAGGAGGUACAGCUGAGACUGACAGACUUGGGCCCAUAGCCUUUAACUGUUGCUUCCUCAAUGUGUUAUCACACCCUCAUUCCUUAGCUGUGAGCUUCGCAUUCAUCAAAUAGAUGUAUUAAGACAAAGCCAUAGGUCUGAGGUUAACAGUGAAAUGAGUGGCGUGUAAGAGUCUGGCAGGGUGGUACAGGCUUAACAAAGGACAGCGGUGUGAUGAAAACUCUUGUCUCACCAAACAUAGUCUAAUUUUCCUGUUUGGCUUUUUGUCCAAGUUUAUUCCCAGGGCUUGCUGCCUGAUCUGCAACGUAUGUGGGUUAUAGACUCCUUUGAGAAUCUGGUGAAAGCUGUGGGCCUGAAGAAGGUAUAAAUGCAUCCUUAACCUGGCAUAGUUGGAACAGGUUCACCGGCCAGGGGAGGAUCGAUCACUGCCUUGACAGGCCAUUGAUCUCUGGGUUUUUUUUCCCUCCAGUUUUAGCCCCAAGCUUCCUAGGGACUAUGGCCACCCUUCCUUGUCCCAUAUCUUGGCUUCAUUUUACCCUUAGACUUUUAUUCUGGUUCUUUUGAGUCCUUUGGAGAUACCAGCCCAAAAUCAAACUUACCCUUUCUUAGCCCAGACCAGGCACUGAGCCUCUUGGUCUGAAACCUUUUAUCCCAGGAGUGCUCUACGGAGAAGACUGUCCUAUAAGCCCUUGCUAAGCUUCUGCUUUUGGAUAAAAUUGUUAAAGGCUGCUUUAAGCCUGUCCCUCACCAAGGGGCUUCCCUCUCUACGCUUGGAGACCCAGAGCUCUGUGUAGCAGGGUCCUGCGGGGGUGGUGUGGGGCUGGUGGAUGGUGUGGAAUAUGAGUUAUAUCUCAGUGCUCCUGUACAUGAUAUGUAUGGGAUCUGGAAUCAUUUUAUGGUUUAUUCUAUCUGUAGAAAUCCAUAAAGAAAAGGAAAAUGGGUGAAGUCUCUUAACGAGGGAUCACUGUUGUGGGCCUCUGUGCCUAUAACCCACCCACCUGGAGCCUCCAGCCAGGGUGUGGCUCCUUCAUCUGCUGCUGGGGCACAAUCCCGUGUUCAUUUAGCCCUUCUUUUCCCCAGCAGUGCACUUGCUCCCACAAGGGCUUUUAUCUCUGCAGAAUGCGGCAAAGGGGAUUUUUCCGUCGGCCAACAGAGUCCCAGAGAUACAGGCCCAGAAGUCCGUGCCAGUUCUAGCCAGCAAUUGAGCAAAUACACUUUGACCCUUUGUUGAAGUUUUACCUGGAAAAGUCUUUCCAUUUCAGAGGCUUUCAUUUUUCAUUAGGCAUCUCCUGCUCAGGGGCAGCAAAAGUUUCCAAUUACUGUCAAGCCCUUCAUGAUUUCCCCUCUACCUGGAAUGUGUUUCAGAUAGCUGCUCAUGUAGCUACACACUCUGUCUCCCAUUUCACCCUAGGCACUUAACCUCAGAAACACUUGUAUUGUUGUAUUCAGAGUUUCCAAGCUGUAAGCUAUCAAACAUGCUUCAGUCUCACUUUCUUCUUCUAAAUUAAUCAUUUGAACCCCCAAAUGUCAGUGCCUGAGGGGCCUCAGAGAUAUGCUCCCAUCUCAUUGACAGAACAAGAAACUAAAGCCCAAAGAGGGCCAGGGCUGGCAUCUGGUCAGCUCCCCUACCUGGGCCCCCGGCUCCUGCCUCCCAGCCAAGCAUUUCUCCUUAUGGACGCCUAGACCUUUCUGCUGGAGGAAGGAACAUGUACUUUGGGUUGAUUCAUUCAGCAAAAUACUUGAUUGUAGAGAGCCCCUAGACUUUUACAAUUUUUAUUUUUUAAUGUCAGGAAUAGGCCACAGCUACUCAAGGGAUGUGGGAUGGCUGUGGACAACUUCUGUCACUUCAGUUUAAUGCUGUUUGGAUGCUGCUUUGCUUUUAAAAGUUUGAUUUUGCUCCAUAUUUAAAUAAAACAACUACAGAGUUUGUAGACACAUGAAAUACUCUCCCUCACAGUGAUUCCUUCCACAGGCAGUAACUAAUGCAUCUUUUCUUUUGGGAGGAGGGAUGGCAUACAAGAUAGAGGCUUAAGGGACUUCCCGGACGGUCCAGUCGUUGAGACUCUGUGCUUCCACCGCAGGGGGCGCGAGUUCCAUCCCUGGUCGAGGAACUAAGAUCCUGCAUGCCUUGCGGUGAGGCCAAAAAAAAAAUAAGAGGCUUGAGCUACAAAGGCUUCUGCAGUGUUGUCACACGCAUGAUGAUGAAUAGUCCUUCUCCCCGCGCACAGAGGGGGCCCAGAGCCUCAGGCCCUUAUCCUUGGCUGUCGUAUUGGCUUUAUAAGUUAAUACAAAAGGCUACUUUGAUUUUCCUUGAAAUACAGGAAGGCAGAAAUGGAGGAUUAGGAGAAAGUAUCCGUCUUUGGAAUCAGCACUUUCCAAAUCCCAUUUGGCACAUCCGUCUACGCUCAACAGGAGGCUGGCACUCAGUCCACAAACCCAACUGGCUCUAGGAUAUCACGCUGUUCAGUCUUUCACUUAAUCAGAUUUGUGUUCUUACCCAGUGUUCACUAGGUCACCACACAGCCUCUUCCCCACCCCACAAAAGUUCUAGCUAAGCCCCUACUUGGGGUCAUUCUGUAUCAAAGCUCAGGAGUAAAGGGAAGGAACAGCUGACUAGUCUCAGAAUUGCAGGAUUGCUUAGGUGAGUUUGGCAUAGUUCUGCUUCUCAAUGUUCCUUAAGUGCAAGCAGUGGUAUCUCCCUCCAGGCCUUGCCUGGUCCUGAGAGGACUGGAACCAAGCAGACAGAUCUGUGGAGUCACAACCCGCCCAAUCCCAGCUCUGAGGCCCACCAUACCACCCUCUUCUCCCUUGGCAAGAGGAUUCGUGACUGUCCUGUUCCACCUUCACCUGUGCCACAUCUCCUCCACUUUUCCUUGGGAACAGGCAGGCCCUCACCACAUAUCCAACCUGUGAAGAUGAGAAGGGCUUUGGGAAGAGGUAACAGCCAGGUGUUCAGGGAGACACAAGGCUGAAGAAAAAUCUUGUUGCAUUUGUCUUCUUGGCUUUUCCUUCCAGGUUAUAGGAAAAUCUGAAGUCCUAUUUAUCUUACUCAGAAUUCACACCUUUCCACACAAAUUUAUUAAAAUGUCUAUGUCAUUUAAUGGGUACCCAUAACUACUCAUGGUUUAGGUACAUGCUCUUUCUUGGUCUAGAAACUUGUGUUGGUUCCUACUUAAGGUGACAAUGUUUUGGGCUUUGGAGAGAUCUCAGCCCUAUGCCUGCUUCCCUGAGGCUGCUGGAAGGAUGUGCUCUGUAAAAGGCCCAGUCAGCUACUGGCAAGAAAGCUAGUAAUUCAAGGUUGACAAUGUUUAUCACCACCAUCAAGCUCUCUCACUGAUUUAGGGGCCCCUGCUAUCUCCUCAUUCACAUUUUAAAAAAGGAAACAAAGUCAACCUAUACUUAUUCAUUCAAUUCACCCAUGAUUGAAACAACCAGUCAGUCCUGAUUGCCCUUCCCCUGGGAGAUGGCAGGUAGGCCAGACUUUGAACUUUCUGCAGCUGGGUUUCCAUUCUUUACAGAGAUGAUGUGGAACAAAUAAUUAGGGUGAUAGUCCAUCUAUACAAAUGGGGAUCUGGGGCACUUGUAGACCAUGCUUGCUGAAGUAUCCUCCCACAGAUGGGAGAUAAGGGCCUUAUCCAAUUGCCUGUAACAAAAUAGGUCAGUGCUUUCCUAGACAAGGCUGAAAGGGGUCAACACUAUUUCUGAAGACCUCAUUAUUAGAAUUCUGUUUUGACUAAAGUGAUCUCACUAAGCUAUUUUGGAAUCAAAACGUGGCUAGGUGUCUGGUCUCCCUCAAUGGCUUCACGUGGCUUUUCAAAGGGGAGGCGGUAGUGCUGACUUUUGGCAAAAUGGGUGAAAAGGUCCACGCCAGCAACAGAUCACUCAAAGUCCAGAUGAGGGAUCAGUAAAUACUACAUGCCUGAAAGGCAGGCCUUGAGCACAUUCCUCUCUGGUAGACAUUAACUUAUUAAAUUGACCCUGACUGCAAAUAUAAACUUUGCCCCCAUCUCACUUGGCAACCAUAGAAGAGGCAGAUCUACCUAUAAAAGGGAGUGGGAACUGUCCCCAGCCUUCAUGAUCCAAUAUCCCAUCUACUGAGAUGUGGCACCUCAAACUCUUCGCAGUACUCCUGGUCUGCCUGUUGCUGUUAGGCCAGGUAUAUGGCUCCCCAAUACCAGAAUUGAGUUCAGCAAAGAGAAGGCUGAGGAGAAUGACCCCAUUUUGGAGAGGGGUUUCCCUCAGGCCCAUUGGAGCCUCCUGUUGGGAUGAUUCUGAAUGUAUCACAAGGCUAUGCAGAAAAAGACGCUGUUCCCUAAAUGUGGCCCAGGAAUGAUGUAUAUACACCAGGGGAAAAGAGGACAGCACUUACCUACAACAAUGCUCCGUUCUAUGGAAUAUUGAUUAACUGCAUUUGGUUGGAGGCACUUAAGUAAAGCAAUGUUGUGUUUUUAGAUGUUUAAAGACAGGUGUAUGCUUUAAAUUGGUCUCCGUUUCUUCUUACAAUGUUGAUAUGCAGAUAAGCAUAACUAGUCAACUUAAGAGUUUAUUUUUCUAUGUAUACUAUAAAAUGUCUCAAACUGAAAUUCUGGCAGCCUGGAAUUCAUGCUUUUGAGGGGAAGAAGGAUUUAUUUUGUAUACUAUAGAAAACCCAGCAAGGCCUAAUAAUGUGUUAACUUCUCAAUCCGGAAAGCGCAGUGAGAGUUAACAUUUCUUGAAGAAAUAAAGAACACAAUGGCAGACUAAAGGCAAAAGUUUACUAAUAGCUAGUGAUUCACCUCGGCAAGUUCAUAAACUAUGGCCCUGGAUCCUAACCCUUCACUCCACGUAAAGAACAUUUCAGUGAGGUGUCAAAAGACAGGCGAUACUGGCACUCAGUACCUGACGAUGUGCCCUAGUUUGUCCAUGAACAGAGAACUGGAAGAAAAUGAAACAAUAAAAGCCCAAGCCAUGAAGAAUAACAAAAAGGAUGUGUAUGAGAUUUCUGUUGGAACAGGGUGAAUUCUGAUCUAUGCAGAAGGACCCAUGGCCAGCCAGUUCAGAAUUUCUAUAAUCAGAAAUUAAGACCUGGACUGAUGGGACCAGACUUUUAAAGAAGAGUAGCACUGGACCCUAAAAUACAAAACAGAAAUUACACGAAAAGGGCAAAGUAGGAGUUGAAGAAGUGUAGAGAGCAGUGUUUAUAAACUUUAAUACAGAAAAUCUAUUUGAUAUUUAUUAAACUUCGUUUCUCCAGCUAUGGUUUGGCAUUAUACAAAGCAUCUUAAUGACACAGUAGAGUUAAAAAGAUCUUUACAAAUUGAAAUGUGAUACCCUUGUCUCCAAAUAUUUUAAUUGCCAUAAAUUUGUUUAAAAAUACACAUUAAACGCAUGUUUGACACUCUAAACUUUCUAUAAUCUCAAUACCACAAAAUACAUAUAAUAUACUAUACAGAUGUGGAAAAAUCUAGUUAGUAUAUAAUACUUUGCUCACCAUUAACAGCUUUGUUAUGUGAAAUACACAUACUGACUUAGAAAUCCUAGCUUUUGAGCCCCAAAGUACCUCUGAAAUUUUAAUGUAUUACAACAAAUAAAAAUCACAGUAUAUAAUUGAAAUUUUGGUUGAAAAUGUCAGAUGCCUAAAUAUUUUGGAUAAAAGAAAUGUAAAACAAAGAUUUGGAUCAUGUACAAAACAAAGGCAUUCUAUCAGACACUAACAGUACCUUUCUGCAGAAUCAACAAGGCUUUUAUCAGCGGCAUUACCUCCCCUCCAAAACCCUCCCCAAAUAUCAAACCAUUAUUCACCAAAUAAUUUUAAUUUCAAAUAAAAGGAUUUUCAAUAAAUAUAUAAGUAUUUCCAUCCUCCAUAUACAAAAUUUCUUAAAACCAUUCAAAACGGAGGCUAGAUAGAAAUUUUCAUAACUGUGCUUACCAACCCUACAUCCGGUCCUCAAAGGUGAUGCCUUUUCAGGCACUACCACCUGGGCCAGCUCUGUUGGUGAGCCCCGUCCCAUCCUGCCCCGACCCCAGUACUGCUGAAUGCUCAUGUCAAUGAUUUGCCAGGUGUGUGCAUAAAGUUGUAAAAUGGGGACACUUCUUGAACAGCAACAACAAACUCAACAGUAUGGAUAAUCAUGGCAUUGAUUUGAAAGGCAGCAUUUCCAAAUAGAUAUUUUCCAGAGAGGAACACAGCAGGUAGAAAAUUCCAAUGGAUAAAACCUGAAAAGAAACCCUAUGUGGAAGCAGUAAGAGGUCAAAACUGAAUAUUACUAGAAUUUCUGGGUGAGAGCUUUUUUCCCCAUGCUCAUUUAGAGAGCUUUUUAGCUGUUUCUUUUUAAAAAUGGGAAUUUAUGCUUAGCCGAGCAAUGGUGGCAAGGAGAGGUCCAAGCUGACAUUCCUGAAAGUCAACUUCAUUAUAUGACGAUUACUUAGGUUGCUAUUUUAGGUUGCUUAAAGAUUGUAAGACUUGGUUUAGACUUAACUCUAAUGCCUUAUUCUGUGACCAAAUUCUAUCAAACAGAAGAGACUGAGAUAUUCUUUCCAUUCGCUUUUCUGGAGACUGUAAGUUCUUUUUAAUUAACCAUAUGGUUCGAGUAAAUAGAAUCUGUAUCUGCUUUACCAACUGUUAAUAACUUACUUCCUAUCACUUGCCAGCUUAGUUACAGGGUCUAGGGGUCUAAAAUGAAUGUCUCUAUUAGUGAAUAUGUGAAAGAUAUGCUCACAAACAUGAACAAUUUGGCCUCUUGUCACUACAUAUUCUAAGUCAUUCAAUACUUAUCUCUUCUAUUUAUUUUACUGAAUAGCAACCUUAGAUGUGCAAUAUUAUUUAUUAUUGGAAAAAAGUUUGCCUCUCCAAGACAUAGAUAGAUACAUGAAAUUGAAAUGAAAUCUGUGUUCCACAUAAUUAGGGAAUAUGAGUUAUAGGAAUCUAUAUGGAUUUGAAAUGUUUUGCUUCCCAAUUUAUUUAGGAAAAAUAAAAAAUCAUCACAAUCUGCCUAAAGCAUCAUUCCCAGUAGAUGUUCGUGGGACCCAGAGGCAAACUUCUAUAAUUCAAAAUACAUUAUGAGGCCCUUUUGUUCAAUUAGCAACUGGAAAAUUAAAAUCCUUCCCACCCUGUAAGAGCCCUAUUAUACUACGGAAGGGCUCAAAUAUAUUUUAAAAGUUAAUUUACUACAAAUCAUAGUAAUUAAGCUUUAACAAUCUAAAAGGAAUAUACAUUGCACCCUUGAACAUUAAUAUUCAAGGUGUCAACAAGAAAGUGUCUUAGAUCAAUUUAAUAAAUAAUGUGGAAAUAGUUGCACUAAGCUAAAAUACUAAACACACACAUUUUUGACAAACUAACUUCAUGUUUUCAUACAUACAUACAUACAUAUAUAUAAAGUGUGUAUGUGUACAUAAUUUUAAAAUCCGAAGUCGCAUACCCUCACACUUAUAAGAGUGCACAGCGUACCUCUCCCCUACACAACUAGGCAUCACUGACUGGAGCGAUCACGGGCUGUGCUGAAACUCCGCAGAGUGCUGCUGGCCUCCAGAGCCAGAGAUUUCACUUAGAACAGGUGUGUUUUGUAGGCUCUUGCUUCACAAUGCAAGCUUAUUCAAUAAGGUAAUUUCUCGAAGUUACUGUCAUUAAAUAUAAAAAUGAUGCUGUCUGAUCUAGCUGAUUAAAUCUUUCUUUAAUGAAAAGAAACAAACAACAAUUAAAAAACAACAACAACAGCGAACCUAAUAAAGCCAUAAGUGUGUCGCUCAAAGUGCAACCCAGAUGCCUGUGGAUCCACCAGCAUGAGAGCCCCACAGAGCACAGGCAUGUGUGGGCACGUGCACACAUUUCUCUAGACAGCUUUUACAUUGGAGAGUUAAACUAGUGAUGCUCAACCUUCUCUACUCUUCAGCAACUACAGCUGUAAAUUUAUCUGAAGUACUCAUUGCUUAUAAAGUCAGUUCUUAACUACUUGCCCAGAAAAAGGUGGCACUGAGGCAAGAAAUGGGCUGAAUCCUCCCCAGCCAGACCGGACCUGUGCUGGAUUGAGGAAGCCUGAAUCACCUGGAGGGGAGUGCUCCCCACAGCCCAGCCUAGGCCGGGCAAGACUAUACCAUGUGACAACUUCAUCCACCAUAGUAUGUUCGUUGGUUGCCUGUAAAGAGUCCAGUGGGGUAGGCUACUGCCUCCUGGCAUACAAGUGUGGUCUUAGAGCAGUCAACAGAGUAAUUUUUUAAAUAGCUGCUAUUUUUAUAAUUAACUAUAUUAAAUACAAGUCUCAGACUAAGUAAGUUUUUAGCUAUUUGUCAAAAUCAGUUGUAAAUAGUUAGAGAACACUGAAGACACCUACUGAGGAAGAAGGAAUGGUCGCCUGUGAAGGAGUGCAAAGUAUGUGCUGGAACAGAUGAAGACAGACAGAACUUCUGAGGAGAUGGACACAGAGGAGAGGGAGUGGUGUUUCCAGAGACUAUUACACUGAAAAUUCAAUUAUUUAGAAAAGGAUUUUGAUCCAUUGCCCAUUACCACCUGGUGGGAAAAACCCUCAACAAUGAAAAGCUUAUAAAAAUUCAUUUUCCAAGAAUUAACACAGUUUUAGAGAGAGAGUACUUUACCACAGCACCAAAAAACAUGCAGGAAAUUCUGCUUUAACAAAUUAUCACUGUGAUCUGGGAAAUGCUCCUGCUACCUCUCAGGACCCACAAGAGACUAGAACACACUGGAACUCAGAAGUGCCCCACUGGCUGCUGUUGCUGGAAGUCUAAAAGCUCAGAGGAUACUUUUUCCAUUUCUAAGAUAUCAUGGAAAAUUAAGGAAUCAGAGUCAGAGAAAUCAGAGAAGAACAGGACAAACAUCUACUUGAUUAACUGUGGCAAGUUUCUUACUGAAUAACGAUCACUGAGAAGCUGUCCUCUUAAGGAAAACUGUUCCUAAAACACACUAAGAUUAAGUUAGCAAGGUAUCAGAGGCAAUUUCUCCAAGGGAAAAUUGUUAAAUUCAGCAUAAUUUGGAGAUCUGAAUCUUCAGUGAUAUGCAAAAACAACUUGAGGUACAAAACCAUUAAGAAGCUCUAUAGAGGCCACAGGACAAUGAAAGUUCACUAGCUUCAUAAGUAACUGUAGACUCAGAUGCAGAGGAGUCAUUAUACCACUGGGCUUGGAGAUUUUCUAUCCCUUCUUUCCCAUUUCAAGCCUUAGCAAUCAUCUAUAAAUAGCAGGGCAAUCCUUUUUUCUGAUUGGAUGGAUUCAUUUUUGAAAUUGGGAGAAGGACAAACUAUUUUUUGAAGCAGCAUUACCCAACAGGUUAGACUAAGUCAUGUACCAAAGCAUUAGCUUUUCUGAAAGAAUUAAUCUUUAUGUGACCCUAAAGGACGAUUGAAAAGGAAAGAGAAUUUAACAUUAUUACUACAGAAUACCAACCAUAUGGGUGAUCUGCAACUAGUGUAAAACUUCAUCUGUAAACAAUCCAUAGACCCUUCAUUUAAAGGUAAGAUUUAAGGCACACCAGACAUGAUAGGGGCACUAAAAACAAAAGAUAGAAGGUAUAUUUCUCACUUUUGACUCCUAUAUGCACCUUAUAGGGAAAGGUACUUUGAUAUACAACUCUUACAGAGCUGGCUUCUCAAGCUCUACCCCUGCUUCCCUCCCCUUCCCAAGAGAAUUCAUACUGAACCAAGUUAGGUACUUUUCUAGUGUGAAUUUUCUGAUCCCAUCAGAAACAUACAUCAUUGAUGAGGGCCUUCAUAAUACAAAGGUAGUAAACACAAGACAGGUUUAAAAGGAGAAACUGAUCAUCUCUACAUCAGGCAUUAGAGCUCUAAGUUGUAUAGCAAAAGCACACACACCAAAGCUCCAGCCCAUUCCUACAUCAGUCACUGAAUGCUCCUAUCAGAGCAUCACAAUCUAGUGUGGGAAAAAAAUUUUAAAUUAGAAUUCUGAAGAGAGAUUUUACCCUACAAACAUCAUCAAUGCAAGAGAUAUAGGCAGCAACGCUCAGGAGUUAGAUCAUCCUUUGUUCAACAGUAACUUAUUCUGUUUCAGUUAAGUGUCAAAUUAUUAGUAACAAAAAACCCCAAAAAACAAAAAACAUGGUUUUAAUAAAAUCCAUAAGGUUCAAGAUUGUCCUUUUAUGAAACACUUCACAUGAUAUGCUUCUCCUAGAAAGUUUGCCUGCCCUCUUUUGUAAUGCAUUAAAUGCAAGUUAUAGUCACCUUGUGAUUGCUAUAGUGUUAUUAACACAUGUUCACAGUUCUUGAAAUAAUGCAUACCAAAUCAGACACAUUUCCUUUUACAUCCAUGUAGAACGCCAUCUUCUCAUAUUUAAGUGAUUUUUCAUGUGUAGAAGAAUAUCCUUAAUACUAAGUAUAAAUUCUGCAAUAAUAAAAUUGUACUUAAGAUCUGAAGUAAUAUCAGGUAGUAGGUGUAGAAAGAACAUGUCCACAUUCUAGAUGAACCAACUCUUACUCUUAGAAGAGUUACCACAAAAAGACAUUAUUUUUAGGUAACAAAGCUCCCAAAGUAUAUAAAUAAAAAUGGCUACAUUAAAUUUACACAAAAUAUUCAACAGAGUAAAUUCAUAGGCAGAAAUAACUAAGUUUUAAACUAGCCCCAAUCUGGGCACUUAAAAAAAUUAAAAUAAAUAGAAUUUCAACUGAUUAGUUAUGAAUUGCAACUGAAAUUUCAAUCUUAUUACAGAUCAUUGUAAUAAGAUUACAUAAUAAUGAUUACAUAAUCAUUACAGAAACCAGCUUAUCAACGUGCUGCAGAUUUAAAAGCAUUUAAAUAAUUUUUCAUAUUGGGAAUAUUGAAGGGGUCAAACUACAUGAUGGCUUUGGGUUAUAAAAAACAACACAUGAACCAGGGAGGAGAAAACCAUUCCUCAUUCUUAGUGUCGACUAGGUGGUAUGUUAUGGCAGUUUUCCUUCGUGAUGUGACACAGUGUUGUGGAGAAAAUCAGAGGCAACAAGAAUGUGUUCAGUUCAGGAUAUCAACUUGGCAUCCUGGCGAAGCCAGUGCAGUCCCUGCCGGGUAUAACGAACUAGGUCUGUCAUGAUGCUUGCGUUAAAGAUGAGAGGACCCAUUACUUUAUCCAGUUCAGCAAAGAAUUCUAGAAAACCAAAAACACUUAUUAAAUGAUGCACACUCUUUUAAAUAAGUGCUUUAUAAAGUUUUUAGUCUAGACUGUAAAAUGCUAUUCAUAUAAAGUAAAAAGCACUCCCUCCUGCACUAAAAUAACUCUUCGUGUUUUAAAACAAAUCAUCCCAUAGUUUGUCAAGUUAUAUUUUUUCCCUAAGUCACGAAACAUUUUUAAAAGACUAUAUGGUCAGGAAUUAAGAGUUACACAUAUAAACAAAAUGUCACUGAUGGAAAUUGCUAGUAUGCAGCAAACAUUAUUAAAAUGGAGACCUAAUUCUACAAUGUACUAUGACUCAAAACAUUCUCUGCGUACUGUUUUUGUAUAAGAAGCAAGUGGUACAAAAAAGGAGGAUGUUAUCUGCAUUUUUCCCGAUAAGAGCCACUGUGAGGUUAGACAACCUUUCUGCUAUAAUCAUAUGUCAUACAACUUUGAUACAUUAAAUCUCAUGUUUUAGACAGUAGUUUAAAAAUGUAAGAGACAGAAAUGAAAGGAUUCUUCCUAUGCAAACAAAUACAGACUGAUGUGCAUGUAAGGCAGGGUGCAGAGAGGAGGAAGGAAUGAUAAUAUCCUGACAUUUGAUCCCAAUGCAAUUUUGGAAGAAGACGGAUGUAGGACUCAGUAAGGAGAGUUUUUACAUGUGCAGUGAUGACAAAGACCUCAGUAUACUUAAACAAGAUAAGAAGUAAUCAAACAGUUGAGGAGAAAAGAAUCUUCUUUAUAGAAUUCCAGCUAAUAAAUUCCUGAUGAAUUUUCUGUUUCCUAAUGGAAUAGCACAUGUAGGUGAUGACCAUCAAUGGAUGCUAAAAGCCUAAGUUAAAGUUUAAUAGGGAAUCUUAACAUCAAACUGAGUCAGGCCGACACCAUCUGAAUGAACCAAUGGUCAAAUCUUACUGACACUAAAAAAGGGAUAACCAUUACAUGCCUCGUAAUAUGAUGUAAUAGGAAAUAUAGAGUAACACCUAUGAAAAGUUCUUAUCUAAAAUAAUGAAUUUGAAUCUAAUCAAGUCUCAAGAUAUAACUAUCAGCAUGAACGAAAUGAGGUGGACAGAAGAGCAAGCUAAAUGUACCAUGAAGAAGUAAUCAGCCAAAUCUAGACUAUGACACAUGCUAUGCUGCAGUUUCUCCUUGACAUCAAUGGCAUGCCUGCCCCCCCACCCCCCCAAAAAAAAGUGGAGAAGAGGGAGAUA